AUGCGGUUGCUUCUUGCUACUUCGCUUUUUGCCAUACCUGCAUUAUGUGCGGGAUCCUCUCAGAGCCCACCAGGCAAAAAUGCUAUUCUACUCUCAAAUGUCAAAACCUUGACGCUAAGGGCGAACAGCAUGACGACAUCUCGCCGAGUCACUCCCAUCCCACAACUUAACUGCGUGGGUUCUUCAAAGAAGAUAUGUGACCUCUAUCAGCCCGACACAAUGCGUUGCUCUAACGAAGGCUACGGCUAUGACGAGGAAGACGUGCAGUGGACUUGUGAAGCAUCGCUACCACCCGAGUUCAAGCUCGGUUCAACAGAUGUCGUCUGUGAAGGUUACCGCAACUCAGAUGACAAUUGGGUUCUCAGAGGAAGCUGCGGGGUUGAAUAUCGUUUGAUGCUCACAGAGCAAGGCGAACAACGAUUUGGCCCAAUACUCAAAAGCAAUCACAGGAAAAACCAAAGCAAUGCUUCAUCAGUAUCGGAGGACAUCACAAACAUCAUUUUCUGUGUUUUUAUUCUUGGCGUAUUUGGGGUGAUUCUUUAUGCGUGCUGUGGGUCAUCUACAAAUCGAAGACCUAGAAGUCCGCGACGAGAUAGAGGAGGACAUUCUGGUGGUGGUCCUGGCGGAGGUGGAGGUGGAGGUGGAGGUUAUGGACCACAACCAGGGCCCCCUCCUCCUUACGGCAGCUGGGAUAAGUCGUCCUAUUCAGGAAGAUCUUCUCAGCAAGGAUGGACUCCUGGGUUCUGGUCAGGGGCUCUUGGUGGUGGAGCAGUAGGUUAUGGCGCGGGACGAUAUGCAGGCAGUGGUGGAUCAUCUUCAAGACGAGAUAACGCAGGUGAAGGCAGCUCGCGCAGCGUGAGAAGUCAAUCGCCACCUACGUUUUCUGGUACAUCUACAAGUACUGGGUUUGGGUCAACAAAACGCAGAUAA